AUGACAACCCUCAACCCUUCUCAUCUACCUAUACCUGGUUCUUCCCGCGGUCAAGCAAUCUACGAUCCUUCUUCUUCCCGAGAUGUUUUCCCUUCGAUGGAUAUGGACCAUUUAUCAGAUGAUGAUGAUGAAAGAAAAGGUAGAAGAGAAGGUAGAAAGAGGGUUAGGGGGAAUAUGCCUCCUCUACCUGAUUUGAGAUUUGAACAAACAAUCUCAGAGAAAGGUCCCAUACCUUCUUCAACUGAGAAAGAAGAAGAAUUGGAUGUUGGGUUGGUGACUGGUGCGGAAAAUGACGAGGUUUUUCAUUGGGGUAGAAAAGUCCGAGUGGAUUGGGGCAAAGUUGGUUGGAUAACUUUUCGUGAUCAACUUAUUUCACCCUUGAUACAAGGUGCUCUUUGGGGUUGGGCAGGUAUCUUCCUAUCCGCCUCGUCUAUGUAUCUCCGCUCAUCCCUGUUCCCCGCUUCUCACCUUCGGAGCAGAGAUACCGGUCGGGUGGUCGGUGGUGGUGGUGGCGGUGUGGCUCAAGCUGGGGGAGGCGAAGUGGUGGGGAGUGGUCAAGGGUGGUGGAGACGAUGGGUCAAAAGUUUUGCGGGGGGUUUGGAAACUUCCACUACUAUUUGA